AUGCACACCCUACUUUGUACCUUUCUAUGCCUCCGUGUUUGUCUCACUGCACAACAGCUGGAAGCUUUAUUCUGGCAACCUCCCCGUGUCCGGAAGAAGUAUAAAAAGUAUUUCACUCAUCAAGAUUUCGUACGGGCGAAGUUCUACAAUCGUGCUUUGCGCACCUACUGUGGAGAGUUAGUCUAUGAUUCUGAACACCCGAGGUCUCUUAUUGGAACAAAUUGGAAGAAGAUUCAGUUGAACCAAAAGUUUCCUGAGGUUUACAAACGGCGUGGAGGCAUUAGGGGGCGUGCCCCAAUUGUUUUUGAGGGUCUACGGACCAAGAAGAGUCAGUUUCGCAAAGCGACCGCCACCAACAAACUCCGCUUUCUCAAAAAGACUUCACGGACUAAAAUGGUUGCUUCCGCUAUUGCAGGACAAGUACUUGCGGAGGAUGAAGAGUUCUUGAUCGAUCCUAAUACAGUUGAUCCUGCAUUGUUUACCAACGAACAAAUCCUUAUUCAAAACGCAGUGCAUGUUAAGGAGAGGACCAAACUUAGGGUUGAUUUGCGCGAGUCUGAGAAAGUGAAUCGCGAACUUCAGGCCCCAGGCCCGCAUUACCCGUCUCAGCCGUAUUUUUCUUACUACAUGCAUUAUACCGGCCAUAGAGCAAUGCCUGAGCGUGGGAUGAACGAGUAUGUCAAAUAUCAAUCCGGUGCUAAGGUGGAAUAG